AAUACUUAACCUCUGUGUGUCUGUUCUCUUCAUCUUUUAGUUACGUGCCAGCCUCAUAGAUCUGUGAAGCGUGAAGACGUUCUCAUGUGAGCGCCUUCGCAGGAGAGAUUUUACAUUAUAAAGGCUCUUUAAAAGUUCUACAUUCAGCCCUCAGAAAGCUGUUAUGAAAAAAUAAACAUUAAGUAGGUGUUUCCAAGGGGGAACGAAUGGAAAGGGGAACAUACUGGAUUUCAGCUGACGUGAUAUAUGUGGCCCAUGCCUCAUGUUCCCAUGCAGGGCAUUCUAGCUCAGAAGGCAACUAACAGUGACUGGGAAGAGAGAAAAUGGCCAACAGGGAACUGGCGGUAGGACUGGUCUUCUUAACACAGACUACGGUUGGCAUCCUGGGCAAUUUCUCACUUCUUUGUCAUUAUGUCCUCCUCUCCUUCACCGACUACAGGUUGAAGUCCACAGAUUUCAUUCACAAGCACCUGACUGUGGGCAACUUCUUAUCCCUGCUCUGUAGAGGAGUCCCCCAGACCAUGGCAGCAUUUGGGUGGAAACAUAUCCUCAGUCACUUUGGAUGCAAACUCCUUUUCUUUCUUCACAGGGUGGGGAGGGGAGUAUCCAUUGGUAGCAUCUGCAUCGUGAGUGUCUACCAGGCCAUCACAAUCAGCCCCAGAAACUCCUGGUGGGCAGAGCUUAAAGUAAAAGCUCCCAAGUACGUUGUUCCCUCCAUCAUCCUGUGUUGGAUGCUGCAAAUGCUGGUCAAUGUCAUUUUCCCUCUCUAUUUAACUAGCACAUCGAGUGAGAAAAACAUCACAAACAAAAAGGAUUUCGGAUACUGUUCUUCGGUUCGUCAUGACAAAACCAGCGCCUCAUUGUAUGCAGCACUGUUGUCAUUCCCUGAUGUGCUGUGUUUGGGGCUCAUGCUCUGGGCCAGCAGCACCAUGGUUCUCAUCCUGUACAGGCACAAGAAGCGGGUCCAACAUAUACGAAGAACCAUUUCUUCCAGGUCCUCCCCUGAGUCCAGAGCCACCAAAACCAUCCUUCUUCUGCUGAGCACCUUUGUCUAUUUUUACACCCUCUCCUCUGUCUUUCAAGUUGUUUUGUCUCUUUCUGAUAAUCCCAGUGGGGUCCUCCUGAACAUCACUGCAAUCAUGGUGAUGUGUUUCCCAACUGUCAGCCCCUAUCUGCUCAUGAGCCGUGACCCCAAGGUACCUAGGCUCUGCUUUGCCUGGGCAGGGAAUAUAAAAUCCCCUCAUCUUAUGAGAAAUAUGUAA